CGUGUUCCGCAAACGUUUUAAUACUACCCUUUGCCUAUUAGCGCAUUUGCUAGAAGAACGCUCCACACUACAGUAUCCACCGGUUGCGGUAACUAACCGAGGCCGGAGCGUCCGGAAGCUCCGCCCCGACGCUGACGCCGGUUGCCUUGUUACGCCGCCUCGGAUCUUAACGAAGAGGUCCUGGGGUUGGUUUGUAUUCCGUCGGGGUGGGCUGGGGCUUUCAGUCCCUUCUCUAGGUGGGAGCUGCUCGGCAUGAAUAAGUCGGAGAUGGCGGACGAAGCUCUCUUCCUCUUGUUGCACAACGAAAUGGUGUCCGGCCUGUACCGCGCUGCCGAGCAAGGCGAUGGGGAAAAUGGACGUUGUAUUACAAAAUUGGAAAACAUGGGGUUUAGAGUAGGACAAGGAUUAAUAGAAAGGUUCACGAAAGAUACUGCCCGAUUCAAAGAUGAAUUAGAUAUAAUGAAGUUUAUCUGUAAAGAUUUUUGGACUACUGUAUUCAAAAAACAAAUUGAUAAUCUCAGGACCAAUCAUCAGGGUAUUUACGUACUUCAGGAUAAUAAAUUUCGUCUUUUGACUCAAAUGUCUGCAGGAAAGCAAUACUUGGAACAUGCCCCUAAGUAUUUGGCAUUUACAUGUGGACUAAUUAGAGGCGCUUUAUCAAAUUUGGGAAUAAAAAGUAUUGUGACAGCUGAAGUUUCAACAAUGCCUGCAUGUAAAUUUCAAGUGAUGAUACAGAAGACGUAAAUAUAAAAUCCAUUGUCUUGCUCUGUAAAAUGGCAAAAUGAACUAUUUUAUUUAUAAAUCAUGUGAAGCUAUCCUUUAUUGUAUUAGUGUCCGCUUUGUCAAAUACAUUUUUUCCAGAGGCGAUUAAUUGACAUUUUCCACAAUUUGCUGGUAGAUUUUUAAUUGUCUUCAAUUUUGACCCAUGCAGAUGAAUGUUUGUUAGGAUGAAUAGAAUAUCUUAAAUAAAUGCUAAGGUUUA